AUGGUUCUGAAGGCAUGCGAUCGGUGCUACGCGAGCAAGGAGAAGUGCACAUUUACUGGUAAUGAUCAGCAGUGCACAAGAUGCCGGCGCCUCAAGAUCGCAUGCUCGACCUCGCGGCGUAACAGGCGCAUAGGGCGCCGCCCUGCCGCGAAAGCCUUUCCUCAUGGGGAGAUGCAGGUCUGGAGCGUCGAUUCAGACCAGCAAAUUGAGACGCAGCCACAGCAGCGGAGCCCGUCCAGGUCCAGCGAGGGCUCAUCCUCUAGCUCUUCGCUCACUCGACGGUCCAAAUCAAUAUCACCCUCUAAUGACUCGGUGGAAGAGGUAAGGACCACCCAACGCCAGAAUACGCUGGUCUUGGCACCAGAGAGACUGCUGGCAUCCCCCACCACCCUCAAAACCACAUCCGAUGCCUUUCGCACAGUAAUGGACCCGGAGCAGUUCUCAGUUAUACAUAUGCCAUUCAUGCUGGGUCCUAGCUUUGUUCCCGAAUCGCAAAAGACUGUCUAUACCAUCUUAUGCCUAUCUGCCCCAACUCUAACUGAGGGUUACUUGGCAUUUUUGGGGAUGAUGACCCGGUAUCAAAGAUCACUCGUUAUGCGUCAAGAGGAGCCGGAUAUGGUUAAAGCUGCAAAGGGCCUGCAACGCUUGCGGGAUGUAAAGAUCACCCAAGACUAUGAUGCAGCUUGUGCUCUCUUUCUGGGUCAAACAAUGUACGUGUUCAAUGUACUUACAGCGCCCGAUUCUUCAACCGCCCACUCGAUCGUACGCAGUGCCCUCAUGUCGACGAAGGCAUGGCUUCCGAGGAUGGUCCAUUUUCCGAUCAUGGACACCAUCAUCAUGACACCAAUGUUGGUCGAUACGGUCGAGUGUUUGGUCCGGCGAGAGGUUCCUAUCAUACGGAUGCCCAGCACGGAACGCAUCAUCGUUGAUCGGUACGCUGGUGUCUGCGCGACUCUCUUACCUUUGCUUUAUGAUCUCUGUGUAUGUAGCCAUACCAUGAGGACGGGCGUUCUUGCCGUUGGGGAAUCUCCGUCCGGGAUGUAUGAGCAACUUGCCGACAUUGAGCGAGUGAUUCUUGACUGGAAGCCCCCCAACACGCCUGAAAUCUUGCUCAAGCACGGCCAAUAUGAGGUGCUGGCAAUGAUGACGCAGGCAAACGCCUAUCGUCUGGCGGCUUUGUUGAUCAUUCAUCGUCUUCGAUAUCCUCUCGGAGUGGAAGAUGAAACGGCACGAGAUCUUGCGAACAGCAUUUUCUCUAUCAUAUCGCAUUUUGCCGAUUCAGCCGCCCAGGAAACAACAGCGUUGCCGGUAGUUUUCCCCUUGACCAUGGCGAUGAUUGAAAUUGAGGGACCAGGGGAGAAAUUGUGGGAGAGACUAUCGCUGUUCGCUGUGCAAAGCAUGAGUGCAACGCGACUCCGAGGAUUUAUCAAGCAGGUCAGAGCGUGUAGGGAGACUGGGUAUGAAGGUCUUUGGUUUGAUUUGGUUGAGACACAGCUUCAUGUUGCCAUGCCCCCAUAG